AUGACAUUAUGGAGAGAACCCUGAAAGACCAGUUGCUUGGAAUACGGCCAGAGUGGAGAAGAGAAAGCAGGCAUAUUGGGCAAUUUGAACCAGAAAGGGAGAAAGACCAUGAUUUGUAGUACUUACUGCACACACCUUUAUAAUUUUGUUUUUCCUAGAAAAAAGGACAGGCACACGCGUAUACACUCACACACAGCAAAUUCUCAUCACAUAUACACUUAACUUGUGUCACUCUCAAGAAGCACCACAGCGAGUCUGAGGUGUUUCAAGCAUGAGUUGGCUGUUUCUUAAGGGGGGGGGCCUCACCUUCUCUGUACCCCGUAUGUAGGGUUUAUAGACUAUUCAAGCACUCCCUGAGGGUUAUUUUAUUUUAUUUGGUUUUCGCCUGAUAUAUUUACUUUUGAACCUAAUCCUCUUAAUAAAUUUUACUCUACUCUGCUUAUAAAAAUAUACACAAAUAUAAAUUUAUAUAUGUUCUAUAUAACAUAUAUAUUAUGAAAACAUAAAACAUACUGAUAAGUCAGGCAACCAGUGCUUUCCAGCAUGCCUUGAAUACAGUAGGUGCUCAAUAUAUGUUUGCUGAACUGAACUGAAGGGAAACAGAGAUAAAAUGUCCAGGAAAAGGAAGGGGCAGACUUAGCAGUGGAGCUGCUAGAUUCAACACAGUGUAGACAGUCAUAGUGUAGAGGGUCGUGCACUAUUCCACACGGUGCAGAGGGUCCUAGAGGGACGCAGUGUAGACGUGCAGAAGGCAACAAGGGGGAAGAGAAUGCCUACUUUGCUUCCUUUUCUCAGAGUAAACCUGCUGCGUCUAGGGAUCUAUGAAACUCAGCGUUCACCCCUUAGUUUUGAUCCAAACUGUCAUCAUGUCCACAUGUCCUUCUAAUGAUUUAAACAGCAGUUCCUCUAAUACAAUUGUGAUUCUUUAGGAAAAAUAAGAGUAUUGUGAAGGUGAUUGAUAGAAGGCAAAGUUUAUGAGGGCAAACAUGCUGUUUGAACUCUCAUAUUUCCAGUUCCUUACACAGAGUAGGUAUUUAAUAGAAAUUGAUUAUACUCCAACCUGCCCGAAAAGAAGUCCAAAAACUAUUCACUGAACCAUGUGAAUGUAGGGGAUUACUGAAGUAGUGGAAAUGUUAUUUAUAGUGAACCAUGUGUACACCACUUUAAACAUAGCUUUUAUGUAUCUAACAAAUGGAAAUCACAUGUAGCAAAAUCAGACUCACACUAGGCUACAAACUAUGGAUAUAGGGCAAAGGGUACUAUAUCAUCCUGACUUCAAGGAACUUAUAACUUAGAGGGAAAAUACAAUAUGUCCAUAAAAACAUCUCCAACGAAGUAUGGCAAAAUAAAUUCCGUCGAAUCUCACAGGAGGGAGAGAUCACUUUAUUGACAUCAAGGAAGAGGAGACUAACAUUGACUUGGACUUUGGAAGGUGCAUCAUACCUAGAUCAUAAUAGGAGGGGCAGAGUGCCAGGAACACACUCAGCAAGAUGUGUUUAGGAGAAGGUGAGGAGAGCAGGAUGGACAGAGCAGAAGUUCAUGGAGGGUGUGGUGGGAGAUAAGACAGACUCCGAUGGGGCAGAGCGUGAGGAGCCAGGCUUCAAGGGUCUGUUCUUGUGUACCCAGGGACACGCAAGGUCUUUGAGGAGGGUAAUGACUGGUAGAGGCUGAACUUUGAAAGAUUACGCAGUGAAUAUUGGUUUGGUUAUAAUGAGAGAUUUAGAUGGUGCUUUACUUUGUUUUUUAAAAAAAUCAUCCAAAUACUAUAAAAUACAAUCCGUAGCUACUAUGCAUAUAUAAAUGUUCAAACAUUACAGCCAACAGAUUUAUCACACAAUUACAAUUGGAUGACAAAAUACAUUUUUGUAUUUGUAUUGGGGCCAAGAUCAACAGAGUCCAAGCUUUAGUUGAUUGAAGUCAGGAGGGUCAGUUACCUUGGGUUCCAGUUGAUGUGAUGGUUGAGGGCCCAAAGGGGGUUUCAAUUCAGCAAAACAGCUCAAGAAAGUGCUUCAGGCUAAUCUUUACCCCUGAAACAGAACUGGGAGUCUUUACAACUGCUUUAUUUUCUUUGCUAUUGUGAUUUCUCUUGCCUGAUAACAGUUUGUUCUUUUGUUCCCUAAGGUCAUUACAAGGACCUGUUCAGGGGUAAGCAUUGUGGCCAGGCUGAGAUCACAAAAUGGCUUAGGCCAAAAUGGCUUCUCUUAUGUCAAGAAAGCCAUGCCUGCUUCUCUUUCUCCAGGGAACCCCCUACCCUAUCUGCUUACCAAAUGGCUCAGGCGUGAGUAUGAGGGAAAGCAGGAGAUCCAGAAAACUGGUAUCCUGGUUGAUGUGCCCUGGGAGAAGGAGGAGCCAUUCGCUGUGAUGAGCUUGCAGGAGAUGUAGUUGCCCUGAGAGGGACAAAAUGAAGAUGGAACAGUAGCCUGUAUGUCCUGUCUGCUUUGUCUGAAAACAAUGAUGACUUCAUCUGCUGCAUCUGUGAGAUGUAGAUGGUGGAAUUGACCAGGAUAUAUUUGAUAUCAAUGAAGAUUCGGGACUGGAUCUUUUUGAGGGAGACAUCAGACUUGAUGGGGUACAAGAAAGAAAUUCCAUCGUUGGAGAAAGAUAUAGAUGGCCUCAUACUAUUCCAUAUGUUCUAGACGAUAGCUUGGAAAUGAAUGCCAGGGGAGUUAUCCUCAAUGCAUUUGAACGCUAUCGCCUAAAAACAUGCAUUGACUUCAAGCCUUGGUCUGGAGAACCCAACUAUAUAUCAGUGUUCAAGGGCAGUGGCUGCUGGUCUUCAGUGGGAAAUAGGCGCAUUGGGAAGCAAGAACUCUCCAUCGGAAAGGGCUGUGACAGAAUAGCAACAGUGCAACAUGAGUUUCUCCACGCACUGGGAUUCUGGCAUGAACAGUCUCGGUCUGAUCGGGAUGACUAUGUCAGCAUAAUUUGGGACAGAAUUAUUUCAGGCAAAAAGAGCAAUUUUGAAUCCUAUGAUGACCGACAAACAGACUCCCUGAAUGUUCCCUAUGAUUACAGCUCAGUGAUGCACUAUAGUAAAACUGCAUUCCAGAAUGGAUCAGAACCAACAAUUGUGACAAGAAUCCCAGACUUCAUGGAUGUGAUUGGCCAACGAAUGGAUUUCAGUGACUCUGAUAUCUUAAAGUUGAAUCAACUGUAUAACUGCUCCUCUUCCUUGAGCUUUAUGGAGUCGUGCGAUUUUGAACUGGAAAAUGUGUGUGGUAUGAUUCAAAGUUCAGAAGAUAGUGCUGACUGGCAACGGGUCUCCCAGGUUCCCGAGGGGCCAGAGAGUGAUCACUCCAACAUGGGCCGGUGCAAAGGUUCUGGUUUCUUCAUGCAUUUCAACAGGAGCUCUGUAAAUGAGGGGGCCACAGCAAUGCUGGGAAGUAGAAUACUAUACCCUAAACGAGGAUUUCAGUGCUUGCAAUUUUUUUUAUAUAACAGUGGAAGUGAAUAUGACCAACUGAACAUCUAUAUCAGGGAAUAUUCUGCGGCCAGUGUGAACAGGACUCUGACCCUUGUGGAAGAAAUAAAAGAUAUACCCAUCGGGAGCUGGCAGCUUUACCACGUAACACUGAAAGUGACCAAUAAAUUUAGAGUGGUAUUUGGAGGCGUCAGAGGCGCUGGUGCCUCACGGGGUGGCCUGUCUAUUGAUGACAUCAAUCUUUCAGAAACACAGUGCCCUCAUCAUGUCUGGCAUAUAAGGAAUUUCACACAGCUCAUUGGCAGCCCCAGCGGAUCUGUCUUCAGUCCUUCAUUUUAUUCUUCUAAAGGCUAUGCCUUUCAGAUUCGCUUGAAUCUAAGUAGUUUGCCUAAUGUAGGAAUGUAUUUCCACUUGAUCUCUGGAGCCAAUGAUGAUCAAUUAGAGUGGCCAUGUCCUUGGCAACAAGUCACGAUGACCAUCUUGGAUCAAAAUCCUGACAUUCGACAGCGUAUGUCCAACAAGCGGAGUAUAACUACAGACCCAUUUAUGACCACUGGUAAUGGAAACUAUUUUUGGGACAGGCCUUCCAAAGUGGGAGUACAAGAUUUUUUCCCUAAUGGAACUCAGUUUCAAAGAGGUAGGGGCUAUGGAUACAGUGUCUUUAUGACCCAUGAGAGGCUGAAAAGCAGAGAUUUUAUGAAAGGAGAUGAUGUUUAUAUCCUCCUGACAGUGGAAGACAUAUCCCACCUUAAUACUACACAAAAUGAGCCAAUCCCGACCUUGGGCGUCAAUGACCUUUGCACAAACUUUAAAUGUGAGAAUGAUGGCAUUUGCAUUCUCCAUCAUGGCAAAGCUGAGUGCAGGUGUCCGUCAGGGGAAGACUGGUGGUACAUGGGAGAAAGGUGUGAAAAGAGAGGCUCAACUCGAGACACCAUUGUGAUUGCCGUGUCUUCCACUGUUGCUGUGUUUGCUGUGAUGCUGGUCAUCACCCUUGUCAGUGUCUACUGUACCAGGAAAAAGUAUCAAGAGACAAGUUCAAACACAACAAAUAUGACUCUGGAAAAUCAAUAUGCACUUUGAAGAUUAACUCAGCAAUACAGCCAACAAAUGAAAUGAAAAAUUCUUCAUGAUGGUUUCACCUACAAUAUAUUACAACCACUUCACCUGCUAUAGACGGAUCUUCUCUGUACAUAGCUGGAUAUACUACAAAUCAUUAUUUUGGUAAA